GAGCGGCGGCAGCUGGAGACGGCCAUGGCGCUCAGCCGCAGCCAGGGCGCGCUGCUUCCGGGCUGGCCAGCCUCGGGGCUGCCGCAGGACGGCGGCGAGGAGGCCCAGGUGCGGCGCGCGCAAAGCCAGUCCCUGCGCGAGGCGUGGCGCGCGCAGUUGCCGGUGUCCGUGGUGCCCACCAGGUCCGCCCAGGAGGCGCGCGAGUGCCCGUUGUGCAUCGGCGCGCUCGCCCCCGGGGACCGCGUGCUGCACCUGGACUGUCUGCACUCCUUCCACGAGGAGAGUGCGUCGAGCCGUGGAUCGCGAAGCACUCGAGCUGCCCCGUGUGCAAGUUGGAGUUCCUCGAGCCCGAGAGUGGUGUGA